UUCUCGUUCUAUCACGUGUUGGACAUCGUCGAUUCGUAGUUGUCUUUCUUCUUCCUCAAAAGUGCGGGAAGGACGACGCUGAUUGCUGAAUGCUGAUCGAAAUCAAACUCCUUCUUCUUCUUCUUCCUGUCCUCUUCAGCCAUUUUUGCUUCUUCUGAAGAAGGCAUCACUGUAAGGCACUGUGUUGAGGUGUAGUCUCAGGUAGAGCAGAGAGAAUACAGUUCCUUCCCCGCCAAAAGGGAUUUUAUCCUUCGAUGAACGAUUGCCGUAUUGCUUCUUAUAUUCUUUCCUAUUUUCGUUUCUUCUAUGUAAGAUUCUGACGGAGUCUUUGCGGACGACGACGUGUGGUGUUUAUUUGGCAUACCGUUUGAGCCGAUCGGCGGAGUGAGGAUUUGGUUACUUUGCAAAUUGCUAGGUUUUUUGUAUUUUGAAUGAAAGAUGCGGAUCAGAAAUCUGGUGGCGUUGAUGCUCUUUAUGACGGUUAUUGCUCCGAUUCUGCUUUACUCUAAUCGCCUCGCCACCAUCGAGUUCUCAUCUAAAGGCGAUUUUAUUGAAGAUUUUUCAACUUCGAAAUCUUCAUCAAGCGUCGAAGAGCCCGUCGCGGUUGUUUACUCGGACAACAAUUCACUUCCUGAUUCCGCUGCUUCGGUUUGGCAGAGGAACGACGGCACCCAAGGAGUAGUAGAGCGUAAAUCUAAUAGAGUAUUGACCAUGACUAAUGAGGAAGAUCAUUCUCAAAACGAAAAUCCAAUCAAGCAGGUUACGGAUCCAUUUGGGAUGGCAAAUACCAUUAGAGGGGAUCCCGAUAGUACCGGUGAACAGAACAGCAAAGUCGAUCCUAAUCCCAAACAUGAGCAGCCAGCCACCCAAGCUUCUGAGAAAGCUGAUGGGGGAGAAAUAGGAAGAUCAAGAUCUGAAUCAGAGAAUGUUCAAGCUGCUUUUCCUAAUGCUCGGGUAAGACAUCUCAAGGAUCAGCUCAUAAGGGCCAAAGUUUACCUCUCUCUUCCAGGCACUAGGAACAAUCCCCACCUUACAAGAGAACUUCGACUGAGGAUAAAGGAAAUUCAACGAACAUUAGGUGAUGCAAGCAAGGAUUCUGAGCUACCUAAAAAUGCCAACGAGAGAUUGAAGACAAUGGAGCAAACACUGGCAAAAGGGAAACAAACUCAGGAUGACUGUUCUAUUGUGGUAAAGAAACUGCGAGCGAUGCUUCACUCAACUGAAGAGCAGUUGCGAGUGCACAAGAAGCAAACCCUGUUUUUGACACAAUUAACUGCAAAAACACUUCCUAAAGGCCUUCAUUGCCUUCCCUUGCGCCUGACAACCGAAUACUAUUCUCUGAAUUUGUCCCAACAGCAUUUCCCAGGUCAAGAGAAACUAGAAGAUCCGGACCUGUAUCAUUAUGCGUUAUUCUCAGAUAAUAUAUUGGCUGCAGCAGUAGUUGUUAACUCAACAAUCACUCAUGCAGAGGAGCCUUCAAAACACGUUUUCCACAUUAUUACAGAUAAACUCAAUUAUGCAGCAAUGAGGAUGUGGUUUCAAGCUAAUCCACCUGGCAAAGCUACCAUCCAGGUUCAGAAUACGGAAGAAUUUACAUGGUUAAACACCAGUUAUAGUCCAGUUCUUAAGCAGUUGAGUUCUUCGUCUAUGAUAGACUAUUAUUUCCGGGCUCAUCAGGCUAGCUCUGAUGCAAAUAUGAAGUUCCGGAAUCCAAAGUACUUGUCCAUCUUGAACCAUCUACGAUUUUACCUCCCACAGUUAUUCCCGAAGCUCAAAAAAGUUUUGUUCCUGGAUGAUGAUAUAGUAGUGCAGAAAGAUCUCACAAAACUUUGGUUCGUUGAUUUGAAGGGAAAUGUUAAUGGUGCUGUAGAGACUUGUGGAGAAAGCUUUCAUCGGUUUGAUAGAUAUCUCAAUUUCUCAAACCCUCUCAUCUCAAAAAAUUUUGAUCCUCGUGCCUGUGGUUGGGCAUAUGGCAUGAAUGUCUUUGAUUUGGAUGAAUGGAAGAGGCAGAAUAUUACAGAGGUGUACCACUCCUGGCAGACGCUGAAUAACGACAUGCAAUUGUGGAAGCUGGGGACAUUACCACCGGGUCUCAUCACAUUUUGGAAGCGCACUUAUAAUCUUGACAAAUCCUGGCAUGUUCUAGGCCUUGGUUACAAUCCUAAUGUUGGGCAGAAGGAUAUUGAACGAGCGGCCGUUAUACACUAUAAUGGGAACAUGAAGCCUUGGCUCGAGAUAGCCAUACCCAAGUACCGAAAUUAUUGGGCAAAGCAUGUUGAUUUUGACAAUCUAUAUCUAAGAGAAUGCAACAUCAAUCCAUGAAUGGUCCUUGUGGAUUCAAAGAUUCCUCGAUGAGUCUAACAUCCACAAUAGUUAAUUUUCCAGGUCUGGAUCUCUGCUUAUUUUUUUGGUUCUCUAAUUUAUUUUUCCCUUCUUGAUUUGUUUAUUGGUUAUGUAAAGUAGAACUUAACUGAUGCUAUCUAUUCUUAAUUCCCCCCACUUCAGAUGUAUAUCAUAUGUGGGUCUCUAUAUUCUGUUGGUUUACAAAAUGUACUUGACCAACUCCUUUUCCUCAAAUAUUGCCAGUUGCAAUUUGAGAUUUUGAAAAA